CUGACAUACGUUCAACAAGUGGCUGCUCAACGGAGACAAAGAUUCAGCUGACAAGGAAGGCGCGUUGUUGAAGCGGCCCAUCUCCAUCAAGCUCUCUCCUAACUGGCGUUCGCUUCCGUGAAGGAAAUGCUCCUCUUCACACCUCCAAGAUGAACACGACUACGAUCAUGAGAAUUGGCAGCAGUCACGGUUCCCAAGAUGCUCCAUGUGCCCGCUUUCUUUGCUGCUUCUUGUUCAACGUGAGCUGUGAACCCCGCCCUCAAGUCUUGAAACGACGGAGGCGCAAUCCUUCCUUGAUAGAAACAAUCUCACUAAGCCUAGUGGCACCGACGAUGAUCGUUGACAGAAAUAAUCUCAUUGAGCCUGGCGGAACCGACGACAAGGAGCUGCUCCACAGCGACGGCCACGCUGCUGUGACCCUCAGACCAGAAGUAGAGCUCAGAGUCGGUAAAGAUCAUGGCACCGUAGGUAGCUCUACCGCCGAUCUCGUUGCAAGUGACAAGGAUUUUGGGUCCCUUCUCAUCAGGGUGAGUGAUAGAAAAGUUGUCUGGGCAUAUGUCAGAUUCAAGUACGCCAUCAUCGAUUCUUCAAGACACAUAUUAAGGAUCUGAGCCUUAAGCUCUGAGAAGGUAGGACUGCAUGUCAGUGAAAGCGAGAUUCUGCUUGUCUUGUGAGUGAAAGAAGUAUCGCGUUGGAAAUGAUAGUCACUUCCAACCCAGUCUUUCAGAGACAAGCUUCCUGGUACUUACUACCAUUGUACCCUUGACAUGUAAAUGUGCAGGAUAAUCAUCAAACCAAAAAUAAGCUUUUAUCUGAUUGAUGCCGCUCGGCGUUAUGAGACCUACACUAAGGGCAAAUGACUCGCACAGACUCCCUCACAAUUCUUGCUUUAAGCAUGCUCAUUCAGUCCUCGGAUGU